CUAGAUGAAUGGUGGACGUCACCUGCCAGUCAAAGGCUGCAGCCCUGAAAAUAGCAGCCGCCUACAUAGGAUGGGGCUUUCUGGGCAACGAGAAAAAUCCCACGCCUGUGGAUGUUGGCUUCAAGGGCAUUUAGCCUUCUUGGCAAGCGGUCCAUUUCUACUUCGAUCUGUGUAAGAGCCCAUGGGCACGGUAUUGUGAAAACGGAGGAUUUCAGCUUGCCUGCCUAUAUAGACCUUCGGACUCUUCCUUUGCCUGCAGCCACCUAUACGAAAGUCCUCUCUGCUGAGCAGAGAGCGCUGAAAGAAAAAGAGAAGGCCUCAUGGAGUGCUCUUUCUGUGGAUGAAAAGGUUGAGUUGUACCGCAUCAAAUUCAAGGAAACCUAUGCAGAAAUGAACAAGGGCUCAGCUGAAUGGAAGACCAUAAUUGGCGGGGUGUGCCUUUUUCUUGGCCUCACUGGUUUGCUUUACAUUUGGCAAAAUAAAUACGUUUGUGGUCCACUCCCUCACACCGUGUCGGAUGAAUGGAAGGCCAUGCAGACCAAAAGAAUGUUAGAUCUGAGAGUGAACCCGAUCGAAGGCAUCUCUUCCAAGUGGGACUACGAAAAGAACGAAUGGAAAAAGUAAACGCAUUCCAGAAAUCUCCGCUCCUGUCAUGGCUUGAAAUUCUGAAAUGAUUCCAUCUUCUCCACAUGACCUUGCUGCUUCUGUAAUGGGGAAAAACCCUUCCACUGAGAGAAUUCCUAAUAAAUGUCUGGUUUACUUGAAAAAAAAAAAACCACUUUUCUUUUUGAAAGUUUUCUGCCUAGCCUGCAAUGGCUUGUAAGUUUGCAGAAGUUAAAGUUGCUGUUGUCAUCUGGUAGACAGAUAGGCAGAAUUGCAAUUUCUGGGAGGAAAACAAGUCCACAGAGAUAUAACUCCUCUAGCUGUUAUUAAAAUGUACACAGCAAAAUUAAACAUUGUAGUUUAAAAAGA